UCGUACACACAACGAAAUACGAGUCGGUUUAGUCACAUGGCAACGUGCACGCUGUGGUCCGCGCGGUCAGUCUUUGCUCUGUUGUAAGAUUUCUACAAUAACAUUUCAUCGACUGACUGCAGUUGGGUGAUUCUAUACUGUAAAUGGACGUGUACGAUGGUGACUAUCAUUAAGAUGAGUGGACAUUUCUGCAAGUGACCAGUUAAGCCCGAACAGAAUAACCCUGGUACCAUAAUAUGGGCAGUGAACCAACUUAGGCUCUUUGGGAGUUUCGAUGUGAUUAAGACAAGGAGUUAUAUAUGUGAAGUGUUCCAGUUGAUGACAGAAAGUUGUGGCAGUUGUUAAAGCUGUUCCUCCCUCGACUACCUAAUCAACUACCACCAACAACUACUAUCGGAUGUGUUGUAGAAACUUCCCCGUGGAUUUACUGAACAGCCGAGACCAAACCCUUGCUCAAGGAGAUACAGUGCACCUGCAAUUGACAGGAUUCAGUUUGCACUAAACAUAGAUGGACUGAUAGACCAAAAUAAAACCUUCUUCUUCGCUUGGACGCGUCGAGUGUAUAGAUCGUCUUAAAUCGGAUCAGUCGAAUAAAUCUCAAGAGCUUCUUAAACUCCGUUUCACAGUAACAGAAAGCACCUCUGCAACUGCAUACUUGCCGCCUUUUUAUCUCCGUUUGAUGUUCAAACAAGUUGUCUUGCUAUAUUAUCAAAUUAAGGUAUGUGAUCGCCAUCAUGAAUGAUUGAUUUCAACCAAUGAGAAUAAUGUCUACCUCCAUAACUUCAAUUAGGCACAUGAAUAUUUCGUAAAGAGUGGAAUCUGGAAAUGUUUGAUUCAACAAACCUUUAGGUAUAGAACAGACGAUUUGCAACAUUUGGAUUCAAGACACGGUUGCAAUGGGAUCUUCUCCAUCGAAAAACAAGAGCAACCAAAAGGUCUCCAAUGUGAUGACCGCAACUUUCGCCUUCGACGAUGCUGCAAACAGAGCAGCUGAGAAGCGACAGCGAAGCAAUGGAGACUUGGCAAAGACGACAGAUGGAGUGGCUAAUCGUACAGAGGAACCACUUCAAACCAAUGGCGUUAUCACUUCAGCGCAACCAGAGACGGGAGAGGGCGCUGUCGAUAAUGAUACAGAAGACGAACUGAUGCUGAGCCACGCCUCCACCAAAAUACAAAGUACGUUCCGCGGAUACAAGGAGAGGAAGCUACGGAGGCAGGAGACAGAAAUGGCCAUCAAGAUACAGAGAAUUUACCGGCGCCACUCAUCGGUCAAGAAGUCCCUUGCGCAAGACGUGCAGGAUUCGCCAUCACCAGAGCCCGAAGCAGCGCCUACGACACCGCAAUCACUACAGCCUCUCACCGAAGAACAAAAGGUUCCCGACGCGAGACCAGACUCCAGACUCAGCAAAGCGAAGGAUUCCAAAUCGAAAGCUAUAACCAAGCAACAUCUGGUUGGUGUUGGCCAGAAGACCAAAGAGGAUUUCUUGGCGUUCCAAGACGAAAUCACAGAGCUGAAAUGGUACGCGGAACAGCAGCUAGAGAGGGCGAUAUGUGGAUCGGAGUUUGUCGGACCAAGGAUAGUUUUGGUUUCGUCCAAGGUACCGAAAGGAGAACUUCUUGCCAAGAUAGUCAGAAAAGACGUGCUGAUAUUCGUCUACGAUUUCAACAAAGAUACCUAUGAUGUUUUACUUGAGAACAUCAAAGUGAAUCUUCAGGCCUUCAAAGAAGGCUGUAAGGCGCGUUCCAUCUGUCUAUACUGCCAGGGCGGGCCUGGAUAUUUGUAUCUUCGGAGAGGCAAGGUGGUGACAGUUGCCAAACUAAAGAAGGAAAGCGAACAGGACCAAGUCAGGUUCUUCAAGGAACUGGGCAAGUAUGUGACCAAGAUAGAGGCACAUAAGUCCGUCGUUCACGUCAUGGGCUGUAACGUCCUUGGAAACGACAAAGGACAGGAGCUUUUUAAUCACCUCAAGGAUUUGAUGAAACCUAACCAGGUGCGUUUUGAAGCUCCGCUUGAGCUUUCUGAAGCUGGUGCGGAGAUGAUCGACACAUACUUCUAUUUUGAUAAAUACGUUGUAUGGCGAGCCCACAAACAUUCGAAGUUGGACCCGGAAUUAUGAAGCCACAGAAAGCUCUUGAAAGUAGAAGGGGGGGGGGGACUUUAUAAGCUGCAGAUUUGUAUGGCAUGCCAGGAAGUUAAAUCAUACCUUACUUUGGGUAGAACUUGAGACACCGAGGAGCUGAAAUGAGUGGGAUACAAACGGGGGUGGAGGGGGGGGGGGGGGGGGUUCGAGAAACUUAAAAUCAUGAAAACCCAAAUUCGAGAUUUAAAAUUAUUGGGUGUUCAGUUUACAUUGGCAUUCAGGGCAAGUCAAAAAGGAAACCCAAAUGGCAGGACCAGUUAUUUACUGAAGUUAUGCUUGUAGCACUUUCAAAAUCUAGGGCAUGAAAGCCCAAUUAAUACCGUGCGCUUUUCAAGUUACGGAAUGCUAAACACAAACAUCAUGUUAAUCUGAAUUGUUUUCGUUUUGCUGAAAUAACACUAAACUUUUUGUUUUUUCCUUCAUUAAAAAAAUGGCGCCGACAUUUGGAUUCCCAUUUUUCUGACUCCCCCAUACAUGUGUUCACUAUACAGUGGAGCACAAAAAAACUCACUGUACAAUUUUGUUAAUGUGGGAAUCAUGGAUUAGGAUACAUUCAGAUAGUAGAACUUUCACAAAUUUUUAUUUAUUUAUGUGUGGUGUGGUUGUACAGAUGAAAUAAAUCGAGUGACUGUGAAAUACAA